AUGGCUCCUGGCACCAGAACUCAUGGCGACUAUACCGUGGGAUGGGUUUGUGCCCUGCCGAAAGAGCAGACUGCGGCGACUGCCAUGUUGGACGAGAGACACGGGAACUUGCCCAAGCCCCCACAUGACAGCAACACCUACACCUUAGGUGCUAUCGGCCAACACAACGUCGUGAUAGCGUGCCUACCCAAAGGCAAGUACGGCACAAACUCGGCGGCAAAUGUCGCGACCCUCAUGAUUGGUACCUUUCCAUGUGUCAAGAUUGGUCUGAUGGUUGGAAUUGGCGGUGGUAUUCCACCCAAAGUCCGGCUAGGUGAUGUCGUGGUUAGCACACCUGUGGGACAGUUUCCCGGUGUAGUCCAGUGGGACAUGGGCAAGGCGAGAGUGGGCAGCAAGUUCGAACGAACCGGAGCGCUGAAUAAUCCGCCCAAUGCUCUGUUGUCGGCUUUAGGGGCGCUUGAGACGCAACAUGACUUGUCGGGUUCAAGAAUUCCUGAAUACCUUGACGAGCUGAAGCAGAAAUACCCCAAAGCGGCCAAGAAGUAUUUGAGGUCCGAUUCAAUCCAGGAUAUAUUGUUCAGAGCAGAUUACGAUCACGUCAGUGAAGCAGGUCUUGAAGGUGCUGCUGAUGUAGAUAACAAUGAUGGUCAUGAGGAAGAAAAGCGAGAGGACGAUAUUGAGGAGAGCGAUGAUGAUGAAGCGGAGAGUUGUCAUUUGUGUGACAAGACCAAGAUUGUGAGAAGGAAGCGACGAGACAUGCGCGUGCAUUACGGCCUGGUCGCGUCCGGCAACCAAGUCAUCAAGGAUGCAGCUUUUCGGGACAAACUGAACAUGGACCUUGGUGGCAACGUCCUCUGCAUUGAGAUGGAGGCGGCUGGGUUGAUGAACAACUUCCCUUGCUUGGUGAUCCGGGGCGUAUGUGACUACUGCGACUCACACAAGAACAAGGCCUGGCAAGAACACGCAGCGGCCGUAGCAGCGGCGUUCGCCAAAGAACUUCUGGGUUUUGUACAGGCAAGUGAUGUCGAGGGAGAGCGUCCGGUGAAGGACGUACUCAACGACGUCAAGCAAGAUCUACGACAUGUUCGUGAGUUAGUCGAAGACGGAUUCGUGCGAACGAAGAACAAUCUAGGUGAUAUCCUUGGAGCAAACGAACUCAAAAAGCAAAAGACCCUUCUCGACUGGCUCAGUCCGAUUGAUUUUGCACCUCAGCAGCAUGACUAUAUCUCUAGGCGUGAGCCAGGAACUGGCCAGGGGCUAUUCGAGUCGGCAGAAUAUCACGAUUGGUUGGCAACAAGCAAGCUGACACUAUUCUGCACUGGAAUCCCUGGGGCUGGGAAGACGAUGCAGACCUCUAUCUUAAUUCACGACCUAAUCAGCAGAUUUAAAGACCACACCGGAGUUGGCAUUGCGUACAUCUAUUGCCAUUUCCAGCGACAACAAGACCAAAAGGCGGAUUUCCUACUGGCGAAUAUCAUCAAGCAGCUGGCUCAGAGCCAAAGUCCGUUCCCGAACAGUGUGCAAGCGUUGUACGAUCGACACCGAGAACGAAGCACGCGGCCCUUGCUCGACGAACUAUCAGCAACUCUCCAUUCCGUCAGCAGUCUCUAUUCAAGAGUCUUCAUUGCCGUCGACGCACUCGACGAAUGCGAUGACACCGAUGGCAGUCGCACGAAACUGUUGGAUCAUCUGUUCAGCGCACAAAGCCAGGUCGGACUGAACCUUUUCGCAACUUCGAGGUCCAUCUCAGCCAUCAGCAAGAGAUUUGAAGGCUGUCUAUUGAAAGAAAUCUGCCCUAGCCAUGAAGAUAUUUUUACUUUCCUCGACAGGCGCAUGACUCAGCUGCCAGAUUUUGUGAUCGGCGACAUGGAUCUUCAGAACGAGAUCAAGACGGAGAUAGCGUCAGCAAUCGAAGGCAUGUUUCUCCUCGCACAACUCUAUAUCGACUCGCUCGUCGGCAAGAGGUCACCGGCAGCUCUGCGGGCAGCACUGAAAAGUCUGCGAAAGGCCUCUGCAGUGUCGCCCGACGGGUCGAGCGCGCUAGACGAAGCGUACAAGAAAGCCAUGGAACGAAUUCAGCACCAGAGAGGCGACCUGCCUCGGGACGCCAUGCUGAUCCUCUCGUGGGUCGUUCAUGCCCGAAGGCAGUUGAGGGUACCGGAGCUCCAGGACGCCCUUGCAGUCGAAGUUGGCAAAUCUGCGCUGGAUGAGGACAACAUUCCGACUAUUGAUCACAUAACCAAGGCAUGUGCCCCAUUGAUUACGGUCGAUACGAAGAGCAACAUUGUUCGGCUGGUCCACUAUACGACGCAGGAAUACUUGGAACGCACCCAGGAUAUUUGGUUCAAGAAUGCACAGAUCGAUAUCGCGAGGAUCUGCAUGACAUAUCUCUCGUUCUCUGCUUUCGAGACUUCGUGCUUCUCAGGUUAUGAGUUCUAUACUAGGCUACACGCAAACAAGCUCUCCGAUUAUGCAGCUCGCAACUGGGGACAUCAUGCCCGCGAGGCCUUUGCCCUAGGCUGGGAACCCCUAGAGGUUGUUGCCUUCCUCGAGCGCGAAGGAAGUCUACAAGCUUGGAUUGUGUUAUUGCGGUUAUCCGAAUAUGAUAAAAUUUGCCAUACAAUGUUCCCAUUUCCCACACAAGUGGCUGCUCUACACCUUGCAGGAUACUUCGGCCUCCAUGACGUGGUGGUGAUGCUGGUCGCAAAAGGGCAUGACCCGAAAGCCAAGGACUGGCAAGAAACAACACCGUUAUUGUGGGCCGCAAAGAACGGACAUGCACCGGUGGUGAAGCUCCUACUAGACCUAAAUGUUGACCCAGACCCAGGCUUCAGCUUUACUGAUCACACACCGUUGUCGUGGGCCGCAGCAAACGGGCACGGGCUGGUAGUGACGCUUCUGGUGCAAAAAGAUGUUGAUAUUGAGUCUAGAGGCAAGUCGUCUUUGGCACCUCUGGCCUGGGCAGCUGCGCAUGGACAUGCAGCCGUCGUGGAGCAACUGCUCGAAAGAGGCGCCGAUCUGGAGGGUCAAGGCAUGCCUAGGAGAGAGGAUUGGCACAGGCAGACGCCGCUAUCCUCGGCUGCGGAGAACGGACAGGAAGCCAUGGUGAAGUUGCUGCUCGCAAAGACAUCUAAGCUGGAGGCCAAAGACGAGGAUGGUUGCACCCCGUUAGCUCUAGCCGCUCGGAACGGUCACGAGGUGGUCACGAAACUGCUGCUUGAGAGCAAGGCUGACUACAACGCCCAGGACGAGAAUGGAACGACAGUGCUGCAUGGGGCAGCCUGGGGAGGGCAUGACGCAGUGGUCUCGCUGCUGCUCCAGUGGGGCGCAGAUCUCGAGAUACGAAACGCUGGUGGCGGCACAGCGCUAGCUGCAGCCAUCGAGAGAGGAUCCGAAACAGUCGUCAAAAUGCUCCUGCAGAAUACGGUCAAUCUGAAUUAUCUGUAUCCUCUCUUUCCCCACAGAGAAUUUUUGGAUCCCAACAGCCGUUUGAUAGUAGAUGUUGCGAGGUAUGUCGCCCCGGAGGAAGAUAAAUGGGCAGUCGUCGAUAUGAGCGAAAGAGACACUGGACGCUUGCCUAUGGCCGACGAAAUAUUUCCGCUAAGACUGGUCACCCCAUUAUGGCGGGCGGCUGAAAGAUGGAACGAUACAAUCGUGAGGUUGCUGCUGGAUAACGGUGCUCAGCUGAACUUCAACGAUGGCAGUGAUCUAACGCAGUCUCCACUGCUGUGGGCUGCGACAACUGGACACGAAGGGGUGGCCAGGUUGUUACUGGAGGCAGGCGUGGACCCGAGCGCAAAAGAUGCCUCUGGUAACGACGCAAUCUUACUGGCCGCAAAGAACGCAAAUAACCUACGCUCACGGUGUGCGAUGAGCGGCCACUGGGCCGUUGUUUCGCUGCUCCUUGCCUUAGACCAAGUUGAUGCUGAUAGGAAAGAUGGAGUUGGUCGCACACUACUGUCGUACGCGGCCCAAGGAGGAAGCCAGACUGUCGUGGCGAUGUUGCUUGCGUCUGGAAAGGUUGACGCCGACUCCAGGGAUAUCGGUGGGCGAACGCCACUAUCCUACGCUUCUGACCCCGACGUUGCCAAGGCCCUGCUCGCUUCCAGAGUCAAAAUCGAGUCAAGAGACAACGUCGGCAGGACACCACUGUGGCAUGCUGCCGGCGAAGGGCUGAUUCACGUGGUACGGCUACUACUCGAGUAUGGCGCUGAUCGCGAUUCGAAGGACAACUUCGGCCAGACGCCAGUCACGAAGGCUAGAGAGAGACUAGAGGUUGCCAGAAAAGAAGACGAAAUGAAAAAAAGACCUCAAGGCACUAGGAAGGAGAUUACUGUACGCUAUCAGAAACUCAUCAGUCUGCUAGCGUAG